UUCAGUGUCAACCAGCACGACCAUUCCCCCCAUCUAUUCCUGACGCCUCGAGCAAACCGUCAAGAUGGGUCGCGUCAUCCGCAACCAGCGUAAAGGUCGCUCAAGCAUAUUCCACGCCAUCACCCGUCUGAACAAGGCCCCCGCCAAGUUCAGAUCUCUCGACUACGCCGAGCGACAUGGCUACGUCCGCGGUGUCGUGAAGCAGAUUGUUCACGAUGCCGGUCGUGGUGCCCCCCUCGCCAAGGUUGUCUUCCGUGACCCUUACCGCUUCAAGCACCACACCGAGACUUUCAUCGCCAACGAGGGCAUGUACACCGGCCAGUUCAUCUACGCUGGCAAGAACGCUGCCCUGACCGUCGGCAACGUCCUGCCCCUGGGCGUCAUGCCCGAGGGUACUGUCGUCUCCAACGUCGAGGAGAAGGUCGGCGACCGUGGCACUCUGGGCCGUACCUCGGGCAACUACAUCACCAUCAUCGGCCACAACCCCGAUGAGGGCAAGACCCGUAUCAAGCUGCCCUCCGGUGCCAAGAAGGUUGUCCACAGCGGCUCCCGUGGCAUGAUUGGUAUUGUCGCUGGCGGUGGCCGAACGGACAAGCCCAUGCUGAAGGCCUCGCGUGCCAAGCACAAGUUCGCUGUCAAGCGCAACUGCUGGCCCAAGACUCGUGGUGUUGCCAUGAACCCCGUCGAUCAUCCUCACGGUGGUGGUAACCACCAGCAUAUUGGUAAAGCCUCCACCAUCAACCGUUACGCCGUGUCGGGUCAAAAGGCUGGUCUCAUCGCUGCCAGACGGACUGGUCUGCUGCGUGGUACUCAGAAGACGAAGGACUAAGGGCUUCAACGGCUGCUGUUUUCUGGGGUUUGGGUUCAUCGGAUUGCUUUGAUCGUUGGUCUCGCGUUCUGGUACAAAGAAAGGGCGGCAUGACGAAAAUCGUCGCUCUAUGGGUAGUACCUCUGGCAUUCGUGGAAUAUAAAAAAGGGAUUUUACGAAACUAAAAGACAUGCCGUCCGGCAAGCAUAGUCUCGUUUGUUUGAGAUGAUGAAAUCAAGAAACGUGACAAGAGAUGCAGUGCUGGGGGUAUGGAGACGUCGGGAGGCGGAAUGAUGAGCAGACUCAGGCGAUUUGUUUUGUACGCCCUGGAUCCGACCUGAUAUGAGCUCAGAGUGGAAUCAUAUGACCAAAACCCCUCUUUGAGUGAUUGAUCACCUUAUUUGC